CUAGACAAACUUGACAAAAAUAUGUGGUAAAGUAUGACAAUCCAAGACGUAGAAGCAAACAGCGCCAUAAAUAAACUCUAGGCAGCUUUGGGUUUCUUGCUAUACCACACGGGUCACGCCGGCUGCUUGAUUUUGAACCCGCAUCCGACUCGAACUGAGCACACGAGCCGCAUAUAUAAACAGUACUACACACACAAGCACUCCGUACACGCGAGACACGUCGCGACUGGUCCGGAUCCAUCGGGGGCCGCGCCGAGAAAGAAGCUGUGCGCUACAGCCUUGCCCAUCGAGCCCGCUCCGGCGUCGUCACGUCAUGCAAGCGCGCGCCGGAUCGGCGGCGGGCGGCGCCACCGCGCUCGCCGCCGCGAAGCAGCACCCGGCGGCCACGUCGUCCCUGUUCGCGCUCCUCUCCCUCUCGCUGCUCCUCCUCCGUCUGCUCCUCCGGCUCCGCCUCGCCGCCUUCCGCGACGCCGCGCUCACGCUCCACCUCGUGGCCCGGCUCCGCCUCCGCCCGGUCACCCUCCGCCUCCCCGGCCCGCACGCCACCACGCUCCGCGUCUGGUGCCCCGCCUCGCCGUCCGGCAAGCCGCCGCUGCUCCUCCUCCACGGCUUCGGCGGCGACGCCAAGUGGACGUGGGCGCGCAACCUCGCCGCGCUCUCCCGCAGCUUCCACCUCUACGCGCCCGACCUGGUCUUCUUCGGCUCCCACUCCCGCUCCGCCUCGCCGCUCCGCUCCGUGGCCUUCCAGGCCCGCUGCGCCGCUGACGCCAUGCGGCUCCUCGGCGUCAGCCGCUACGACCUAGCCGGGAUCAGCUACGGGGGCUUCGUGGCGUACCGGAUGGCGGCCGUGGAGGCCCGGGACAGCGUCGCCAGGGUCGUCGUCAUGACCAGCGGCGUCGCGGCCACGGUGCAGGAGAUGGGCGAGCUGGCGGCGCGGGAGGAGAUGGCCGUGGAGGACGCGCUGCUGCCGGACAGCGCCGCCGGGCUGCGCCGGCUCGUGCACCGGUCCAUGCACCGCCCCCCGCCCUGGCUGCCGGACUUCGUGCUCCACGAUUUCAUCCAGCUGAUGUUCGUGGACCAGAGAAAGGAGAGAACAGAGCUGCUGCGAGAACUACUCAAGAGCGGAGCCGGCAUCGAUCCCCUCCCGGCUCUCACUCAGAAAACGUUAGUUCUGUGGGGAGACAAGGACCAGGUGUUCCCCGUCGAUCUUGGCUACAAACUGCAUAGGCAUCUAGGUAAAGAAUCCAGGCUAGAGAUCAUCAAGGACGCGGGUCACGCGUUGCAGUUGGAGGGCGCCGACAAGGUCAAUAGUUUCAUCAAGUCGUUCCUCCUAUCCUAGAUGAACUGAAUAGGCCAGAAUUUGGCACGGCCCGGAACUGAAGCCUACUCAGAGCAUCUACGUACUACUUGCUGGAAAACAUAUAUACACGGAGUUAUCCCGGAGGCCCAAAUGGUGUACAUUAUAGUCUUUUUAGGCAUGUAAUCAUGUAAUGUUGUGUGUAAAGAAAGAUCUAGUAUGAUCUAAAUGUCUCGCUCAGAAGAUGAAAGAAAAAGAGAGAUGGAGUGUGUUCUGAA